UGUAAACAAUUUUUACAAUCUUUACUCCUUACGUUCAUUCAUAAAUAUUUAAUUGUUCUUUGAGAUUUGUUUUUACAACACAGAACUCAAGUCCUUGCCUUUGAGUAACACGAAAGUGAUCUGUUUUCAUAAUAAUUAGCAUUCCCAGAAAUAGACAAAAUUGUGUAGUAAUUUAUUGUUUUAAAUUUUUAAAAUUCGAUCUUGUAAGAUUCCAAACGCAUGAUUUUUGAAGCACACGCUAUGGCACAUGCGCAAAUUCAAGAGAAACAUAACCUCCAGUGACUUCAAGUUUGAAAUGUUUAAAAUUAUUUGUUUAUAUUCAAUGUUUGUAAAAUGUGUAAGAUUUUGUCAGUUGUAGUGAUUAUCAUUGUUGUUUAGUUCGGUUUUGUUAAAAUGUUAUACAUUCUGAAGGAAGUUGAAGGUUCAAAGUUAUUUUAUUUAUUUACUGAAAAUAACUAUGAUAUUGGGCGUAAAAAAGCGGCUAUUGCUUUGCCAAAUGAUGCCUCAAUUAGUCGGAAACACGCUGUUAUUAGUGUUGGGGUGAAUACUGCAACUUUGAAGGACCUAGAAUCGAAAUAUGGCACUUUUCAUAACAAUGUGAAAAUUACCCCAAAUACACAAGUGAUUUUAAAGGAUAACGAUGUGAUAAGGUUGGGUGUUUAUAAUAGCAAGUUUAGAAUUCAAAAAGUGGAUUUGGUAGUAGCCGGUUCCGGUUUAACAAAUGAAGAAAGAGUUGAAUUAAAAGAGAAAAUUACGUCCGUUGGAGGCACAUUUGUCAAUGAAUGGGGCCCAACUUGUACUUAUUUAACAGUACCAGUAAUAGUUUUAACAAUCAAAAUGUUAAACGCGUUGAUAGAUGACAAACCUAUCGUGAAUUUAAAAUUCUGGGAUGAGUACAUUAAAAGAAUUAAAAAUAAUGAACCUUUACCUGAUCUACAAGAUUUCAAACCACCUGUAGUUGAAACUUUAUUGAAUGGAAUUGAUUUAACACCAAACCCCGAAAGAAAAACUUUAUUUAAAAAUAAAAUAUUUGUUUUCCCCACGGAAAAACUCAAAUUGAAAAUGAUGUAUCUGAUUAAGCAAACAGGUGGUUCGUGUAUUUCGUGGGAAAAACAACCACUCAGUAUUACACAAGUGACGAAAUCGAAAAAUACUUAUCUUUUUAUAUUCAGUGACGAACCAAAAAACACGCCAGAGUCACUCAAACAAAUUCAUGAAUAUUUGACUAAAAUAGGGGAACGCACUAUACCACUUCAGGAAAUUCCCAAAGCAAUUAUGCUUUCUUCUUGCGAAAAAGACUGCAAUCCCAAAUUUAAUCGUGUCCACAGUGUUUUCGUGGAAAAAGAAUUAAACUCAGAAUCUGAGAUCUUACCUUUAGUUCAGGAAACACCAACAGACGAUGUACUUCCGCAGAAUUUUGAACCUAAACAGGAAUUGGUGAUUCCUGGGUCACUAGAUUCAGACUUGUAUUUGCUGGCGUCGCUCCAACAACCGCUUCAAAAACAAGUUAACAGAACCCUAAGUACUUUUAAAAGAAGAGUGGAGGAAACGGAAAGUACGCCUGCGAAGAAAGCAAAAGUGGAAGAAAGUGUCUCCAAUGACAAGAAAAGAAAAGCUGAUGAGAACCUGGCUUCAAGCUCCAAGAAAACUUUGAUUGAAAAUCCGUUCGCAAUAAUGAGAAAGAAAAAUAUGAAUAGAACUAAUAGAACAAUAGAUGCUGAAAAUCCGUUUGUCGCGUUGAGGGUGAAAAGAGAAGUGGAAGAACAAAAUGAUAAUCCCUUUAAAAAUAUCAUGAAUACAUUUAAAGAACCGGAGAAGAAACCAGCUGUUGAAAAAUCAUUUCACAUCGUCUCAAAGCGCUACAGUGCGAAUGAGAGUUACUGUCCCUCAGACCCUUCAAAUGUCACUUGGAUGUCGAAGCAUAAUAUUAAAAACGAGUCGCUUGGGCCUGAACCCGAAUUUAAGGAACUUUUUGAUUUGUUUAAAAACACUGUAGUGAUUGAACCUUUGCCGCCGACAGCCAUAAGAGUCUUGCCCUUGAAUCAAAAUGAGACUGGUAACACCACCACAAGAGGGAAGAAUUUUAAGAAAUUUAAAAAAGUGCGCCCCUUGAAACCUCAAAUUGAUAUUAUCAGUACAUCGGUUUUUCAAAAUAUGUCAAUGAUGAUGCCGCAAGUAGCAGUUGGCUCGGAUAAUGAAGAAGAAGAAGAGGUGAUCCGAAGGCCUAUGACCAAGAAAGCAAAUCCCAGACGUUUCCAGUUUUAAAUUUCAUUAUUUCUAUAUAUUUUACAAUUAUACUUUGAUAUUAUUUAACAGUCGUUUAAUUUUGUUUCCUGAAAUAGACUGUAAAAUAACUUCUAACAAUCUGUAAUCCGUAUAUUCGUGAUAACAAAUUCAACUUCAGUACUUUGUUACACAAAUUAUUGUUAUUACAUUUGGUGUGUUCACACAAAAAAUUAAAAGUCCUAUUAAUAAAAAAA